GCGGGGGCUUGGUUCCCAGGCUGGUUGGGAGGCUGCGGACGGACGGACGGACGCGCGGUCGGAGGGGACAGAGGACAGAGCUCCGCAGACCUGCGGCCUCGAGCCGACAGCGCCAUGGACGGCCCGGACAACGCCACCCUGCUGUUCGACUCGUCCUCGCUGUUGUGGGACAACUCCACGCUGUCGCUCAACGCCAGCAGCCCGAGCCCCGGCACCAACUUCCCGCUCGCCCCCGCCUCCAGCGCCACGGCGGCUCCGAGCAUCCGCUUCAGCCCCGGCCCGACCGCCACCCCGGAGCCCACGAGCAGUGGUUUCACGGGCGGCGCGGAGGGUCAGGGCUCGUCCCCGUUCCCGCGGCCCUGGGUCCCCCACGAGCCCCCGUUCUGGGACACGCCGCUGAACCACGGGCUGAACGUGUUCGUGGGCGCCGCCCUGUGCAUCACCAUGCUGGGCCUGGGUUGCACCGUGGACGUGAACCACUUCGGCGCGCACGUCCGCCGGCCCGUGGGCGCGCUGCUGGCCGCGCUUUGCCAGUUCGGCUUCCUGCCGCUGCUGGCCUUCCUGCUGGCCCUCGCCUUCAAGCUGGAUGAGGUGGCCGCCGUGGCGGUGCUCCUGUGUGGCUGCUGUCCCGGCGGCAACCUCUCCAAUCUCAUGUCCCUGCUGGUUGACGGCGACAUGAACCUCAGCAUCAUCAUGACCAUCUCCUCCACGCUUCUCGCCCUGGUCUUGAUGCCCCUCUGCUUGUGGAUCUACAGCCGGGCUUGGAUCAACACCCCUUUGGUGCAGCUACUACCCCUAGGGGCGGUGACCCUGACUCUCUGUAGUACUCUCAUCCCAAUUGGGCUGGGAGUCUUCAUCCGCUACAAAUACAACCGAGUGGCUGACUACAUUGUGAAGGUUUCCCUGUGGUCUCUGCUAGUGACUCUCGUGGUCCUUUUCAUAAUGACCGGCACUAUGUUAGGACCUGAACUACUGGCAAGUAUACCUGCAUCUGUUUAUGUGGUUGCCAUUUUUAUGCCUUUGGCAGGCUAUGCCUCAGGCUAUGGCUUAGCCACUCUCUUCCAUCUUCCACCCAACUGCAAGAGGACAGUAUGUCUGGAAACAGGGAGUCAGAAUGUACAGCUCUGUACUGCCAUUCUCAAAUUGGCUUUCCCCCCACGCUUCAUAGGAAGCAUGUACAUGUUUCCCUUGCUUUAUGCCCUUUUCCAGUCUGCAGAAGCAGGGAUUUUUGUCUUAAUAUAUAAAAUGUAUGGAAGUGAAAUACUGCACAAGAGAGAUCCUCUAGAUGAAGAUGAAGAUACAGAUAUUUCGUAUAAGAAACUGAAAGAAGAAGAAAUGGCAGACACGUCCUAUGGUACAGUGAAAGCAGAUAACUUAAUAAUGAUGGAAACCACCCAGACUUCUGUCUAAACAUGGAGAUGCAGACGAGCUUCUAUCUUACUGAAAUGUUCCUUAUAUCUAUGGCCUGUGGUGGGCUUAUGGUUUACAUAAAGAGUAACAAUUGGUUCACGUUACUUCUAACAGUCUUGAUCCUCCCAUUGUAAAGUUGCAGUGGCGUAGUAACCAAGUGUUUUCAUAAAUUACAAAUCAAUGUCCUAAUAUAACUUGCACCUGG